AUGGUCAAGGAGGCGAAACGAAUUUGUAGGAAACAUGAAAGGAUUUGGCGAAAGACUGGAUCUGAGUUGGAUAGGGAGCGGUUUGCCAAAUCACGAAAUCGCGCGAAUCACGUGAUGGAGCAAGCAAGACGGGAUUACUAUCUUAAAUUUAUUGAAGAAAACAGCGCUGAUCAGCGGAGACUCUUUAAAGCGACUAGUGCACUAUUGGGGAAGUCAUCUGGAGAGCGCUACCCCCCGUAUAAGGAUUUUUCUGGGCUUGCCAAUGAUUUUGGUAAGUUUUUUGUCCAGAAAAUUGACAAUAUUCGCUCUAAACUCGACAACUUUGAGUUAGAUUCUCCAUCAAUGCCGGAGGGGGAACCAGGAUAUACUGGGUCAUUAUUUACUGAAUUCCGACGUACAUCAUCCGAGAAAAUUAAAGAGAUAGUACUAAGUUUUCCGAAUAAGUCUUGCGCUAGUGAUCCCAUCCCUACUGAUAUGGUUAAGGACUGCAUAGAUGAUUUGUUGCCAGCUAUCUCUAACAUGGUAAAUUCUUCCCUUGUAGAUGGUUAUUUCCCCGACAUCUGGAAAGAAGCAUUAGUGAAACCUAAGCUUAAAAAAUCGAACAUGGACUUGAUAAAAAAGAACUAUCGUCCAGUGAGCAACCUUGCGUUUCUGUCUAAGGUGACUGAAAGAAUUGCUGCUAAGCAAAUGUGCGGUCACCUAUCCAUCAAUCAUUUGUUUCCUGAAUUUCAGUCAGCUUAUCGUAACUUUCACAGCACUGAAACAGCAUUGUUGCGUACGCGCAAUGAUAUUCUCAUAAACAUGAAUAAACAACAUGUCACUCUGUUGGUGUUCCUGGACCUCAGCGCUGCAUUUGAUACAGUGGACCAUGACAUAUUGUUGCGGCGUCUUAAAUAUAAGUUUGGGAUUUGUAAUAAUGCGCUUGCUUGGUUUCGAUCAUAUUUAGUGAACAGAUCCCAUCGUGUAGUUAUAGAAAACGUAAUGUCGGACAGUUUUGAUAUGAAGUAUGGUGUGCCUCAAGGGUCUUGUUUAGGACCAUUAGGACCAUUGUUGUUUAUCCUGUACACAAGCAAACUGUUCGAUGUCAUCCACCAUCACUUGCCCACCGUGCAUUGCUUUGCUGACGAUACGGAGUUAUAUCUCGCAUUUAACCCAAGUAGCGAUAAUGCUCAGGAUGCUGCCAUCUUAGCUAUGGAGAAUUGCCUACGAGACAUCCGGAAUUGGAUGAUUACUGAUAGGUUGAUGAUAAAUGAUGAAAAAACGGAAUUUAUGUUAAUUGGAACAAAAGCUCAGCUCGCUAAAGUCAAGAACAUCAGUCUAACUAUUG